CAUUUGCGAAUGUCCCGGAGAGGCCGAAGGAUCAACUCGGGAAUUAAUGAAUUUAUUACUUUCACUUAUCCAUGAUCUCACGAUCAUGAAAGUAAAUGUCGUUUUGUUUAUCUCAUCGAUUGCAUUCGUCUCGUCAUUGGGAACAACAACGCCGAAUUAUUGGGUCCUGCGAAAUCGAAUUCUUCAGGAUGAGGAAGUCAAAUCCAUCGGUGGUGAUCUUCCAUUCGAGGGAGAGGAAUUUAUCGCUAAUGAACGGUUAAUGUUCCAUAAAAAAACGGAGAUCUCUAAAGCAUUCUUAAAUCCCGACGAAUUUCUGCCGGCGAGGAAUUUUCUGGAGGCUUUUGGAGACAUUGAAAAAUCGAAAGUCUUCCAGAUAAUUCAGAAAUUGCCGAAGGGCGCAGUUCUCCAUGUGCACCACAAGGCGAUGGUCCACGCCGACUGGAUCUACAAUGCGACCUUUCGAGAUAAUUUAUACGUCUGUGAAAAUAACGGCAAACUCUUGCUCCACUUCUUCAGAACUCCCCCGAGGAGCUGCAACUGGCACCUCCUGGAGGAUUUAAGAAAAAAUCGAAAUGUCGCGCAAUCCAUCAACGAUAGGAUCUCCAAGGCCAUGACGAUGAUCGUGGAGAAUCCCCAGGAGGUUUACUCGCACAUCGACGUCGGUUGGAAUAAAUUCGAGGAGAUUUUCGAUUUCGUUACUCCAGUGAUCGGGUAUCGUCCGGUCGCCGAGGACCAUUUCUAUCAGGGGCUCAAAGAAUCCUAUGACGAUAAUGUCCUGUACUUGGAAAUAAAAACAGGAAUUCCGAAGCUAUACGAUCUCGACGGACGGCAGUACAACGACCACGAGGUCGUGGAUAUUUUCGAAAAAGUUACUCAGAGGUUCAAGAAAGACCAUCCGGACUUCAUCGGCGCUAAGUUAAUCUACACGAAAGGAAGAAUGCUGAGUGACGCGAAAGUGCACGGUUAUAUCGACAAAGUUGUGGAGCUGAAGAGAGAUUUUCCGGAUUUCAUCGCAGGAUUUGAUCUAGCGGGUCAAGAGGACAAGGGUAAAGCCCUGAGAUCGUGGGCAGAGAGGCUGAAUAAAUUGAAGACACAGAUGAAUUUCUUCUUCCACGCUGGUGAGACAAAUUGGUAUGGUACCAGUACCGAUGAGAAUUUGAUUGACGCUGUUCUGCUGAAUACGAAGAGAAUUGGCCAUGGCUAUGCCAUUCUCAAGCAUCAGAAUGUGUUGGAAUACGUUAAGAGGAAUAAAAUAGCAAUAGAACUCUGUCCAAUAUCGAAUCAAGUACUGGGACUGGUGAAGGACCUCCGAAAUCAUCCGGGAUCGGUAUUAUUUGCCGAGGGUGUACCAGUGGUCGUCUCCAACGAUGAUCCAGGUCUUUGGGGCUCCAGAGCCCUCAGCUACGACUUCUACGAGGCAUUCAUGGGCAUGAUGUCCAGUAAUGCUGACAUCCGGGCACUCAAACAACUAGCUAUCAACUCCAUCAUCUACAGCAGCCUCGGUAAGAAUGAAAUAGCCGACGCCCUAAAAAUUUGGAGGAGCAAAUGGAUCGACUUUGUUAAUGAUCUCAAGAAUGAACCCAAUUGACAUCAAUUCAAGUUCUUAAUUAUAAUUUUUUAUCUCUAGCACUAAUAAUUCUAUGGAAAAAGUGACAAUAGGAUA